AUGUGGACCGGUAGUCGACCUUGGGCGGGACACGAGACAGCGGAUGUGUUUUCCAAGCUCCUCCAAUCUACCAUUCCGCCACUUCCGAAAGACACCAAGUUGACUAAAGACGCCGAUGACUUCCGACAGAAAUGUUUUGCAAUGUGGCAAACCGGAGUUGCGACUUGCUGCGACUCAGUUGCUAGUGCAUCCAUAUCUGACGCCGACACCCGGCUGGGUGUUCGAUAUAUCCACACUGUAUGUAUUACGUCAACCUUUCUAAAUCCUGUUGACCGCCACGAUGUUGUUUGCGGCCACCGGCCAACCCCCCGGUUCAAUUUCCCUAGUGACUCCGCUUGGCUCACCAUGGAGGUUACAAGGGCCAGAAAUGCCAACCCUCCCAUCACAUCGUCGGGCCUCGCAAUGGCAAUCCGCCAGCCACUUUCGGUUGCCGGCCCUGGCCGGACGCUGGCCACAGCUUACCAGUCUUUGGGCCGCGUUUUCGAAAAAACUGCAAACCGCAUCGCAUCGAGGAUGGGGCUUGGGCCGCUUGCCAUCCUCGAAAGGAUAGAGAACUUUAUGGGCCAAGAUUCCGCGGAACGAGAAGCCAAAAUCGCGGAGCUCAAAACGAGUGUCUCUCCGAAGCUGAGCCGGUACUGCUCUCGCAUGCUUGGAUAUGCUCUUCCGAAUGAGGCAGCUACCACACAGAUUGAUGCAUUCCAAUGCAUCGUCCUGGUUUCUACUCGCUACUUCGGCUUGCGGUCAAUAUUCGUGUCUGAGUUCCAACGAACAACUCAGGCCUCUGUGGGCCAACGAGAAUUGAGGAAAGUGUGGGGGCGACGGGAUGUAUUCGCGCAGCUCGACGAUUUUAUCUCAGCUUUGGACUUCGUGGUCGAGUGCUUGACGGAAUGUUCCAUAAGCGGAAUCGUGGAUGAGCAGAUGACAAAACCACUCUGGAGGCUGGAUGAAGACGAAACGGGUCUAACGGUUGUCGAGCGCUUGUUGAUCGCGUCCAGCUGCGAUGACGCGUUCGAAUCUCCAACCAAACUGGCCAUUCGCUAUCUCGGCGGAAUAUUGGAGUGCUCCUCGUAUUGGCGACAACGCGGAGUACUCUUCGCCACGAUUCUUCUCAAAAUUCUCAUCCGAAACAUCGCUCUGGUCAAAGACUUGGGCAUCGACGUGCUUCAUGUCAGUCAUGCGCAACCAGAGUCGGCGAUGCUUGCAGAGCUCGAUCUUGAAGGGAUUGAUAUCUUCACCGACUCUGUUCUGGCUGGCGUGCGACAGCAUACACAGGCGCAUGGGCGAGACCAACUCGAAUCUGAGUACUGGUACUCGGCUUUCUCAGAGCUUUUGUUUUUGUUGAGACACCCUCGAGCGGAAGACCUCCUUCCUUCUUCCUGGGACACAGCGAAAAAUACCGUUAUGGAGUCAUUGGUGCCUGUUUUCUACUCGUUGCGCAAAGUAGAAACCUUUGCUUUGGAGAGUCCUGAAUCUUCUGCGAAAAAACAGCCGCAAGACCACAAAUCCACUCUGUUCAAACGAAUGUACGACAUGUAUAUUCAAAGACAUGGUGAUGAAAGGCACAACUCGCUGCCUGGAACAAGUGAUUCGACUGAGCAAAUUGAGACUACUCCACCACAUUCUCUGCCACCCUCGUCACCUUUGUCAACCCCAGCAUUGGCUCCCGAUGAGAUCGUACCCCAACUCAAGAAUAAACCAUCUCUCGAUUCCGAUUCAAUCUCUCCCUCCAAUUCUGCAUCUAAGACUGCUUAUCCGUCAGCCACGACUGGGGCUACUUUGCAAGAAAAUAAUACCUUUGGGGUCGAGAGAAGUCCAACAGCUUCGGGGUCGAGCGAAUCAUACCGUCGUCGCCCACGCCACGAGGACAUCUAUGACCGCCUGGAAGAAUAUUUCCCAGCAUCAAUUGAUGCGGAAGUUGACCCAUCUGAUCCGCCGGUAUCUGUCCGUGGACCAGCUGUGUCUACGCUACGAGAAGCUGGUCAUCUAACUGCUUACCAGAAUAUAUCGAGCCCUGCCAAAUGGGUCCGCGGCGAACUGAUUGGUCGUGGAACGUAUGGUCGCGUGUAUCUUGGCAUGAAUGCGGUCACCGGAGAGAUGAUUGCGGUGAAACAAGUGGAUUACCCUUCUGACGAGCGGGAUUUACGCGCUAGAGAGGUUGUCAAAGCGCUCAGAUUAGAGCACGAAAUGCUCAAAGACUUGUCUCAUCCCAAUGUGGUCGAGUAUCUCGGAUUCGAGGAAACACCAACCCAGUUGAGCCUAUUCUUGGAAUAUGUUCCUGGUGGAUCUAUCGGCGGCAGUCUGGCGAAACAUGGCAAACUUCCAGAAAACGUGACCAAGUUUUUUACUUCGCAAGUUCUCGAGGGAGUCCAAUACAUCCAUUCUCAAGGGUGUACACAUCGGGACAUCAAAGCGGACAACGUUCUCCUGGAGCACUCGGGCGUCUGCAAGCUCGCCGACUUUGGUAUCGCUAAGCGCAAGGUCGACGAAAUAGACACCGCCAUGCAAGGCACAGUGUUUUGGAUGGCGCCAGAACUCGUGAAUACGCAGAAGAAAAAAUAUAACUCCAAAGUCGACAUAUGGAGUGUUGGUUGCCUGGUCCUAGAGAUGUGGACAGGCUCUCGGCCCUGGAAAAAUAUGGAAAUGGUUGAGGUCAUGUUCCGGUUGUUCCAGUCAAGAGCGCCGCCGCCGCUGCCGGACGACUUGGUGCUGACGGAGGCAGCAGAAGGUUUUCGACAACGCUGUUUUGAGCCAAAUCCAGAGGAUCGCCCUACUGCAUCAGAACUAAGACGACAUCCGUAUCUCAAGCUGCCUUCUGCUUGGGAGUUCAGGGGCGUAACGGAGGAGACAUGA